AUGACGUUUUCAAUAUCAUCCCUGGCUUUUAUCGAAGCACCUGUACCUUACACCAAGCAGAUGCCUCUCAACUUAAGCUUCACUUAUGAAUUCUGGGUGAGUAUCUUGCUGGCUAGAGUAAGAUCGGACACUGGCAUGGGAGGUACAACGGGAAAAUUGACCCUUUUACGUAGGCACGCGACACUUUUGGUAGAUCCCAGCAAAGGUCCUUAUGCUGAACAUCUAGCAACUCGGAAUGCAUUGUAUGCACAACACUUUGGCAACUUUGGUACUGUUAUUUGUCAAGUAAAUGCUGCCCAACCACCUGGGUACCUAGGUAGUUCUGGCGCCCGAGAUAUAGCAGACACCCAGGAAGGAGAGAGACGGUGGCCCUGA